AACACAACAUAUCAUCUUCCAAUUCACUACCACACUAUUGCAAGCCAUCAUGGACUCAUUUCAGACUGAUCUGAGGAGACGGCUGGACAGCCUUGAGUGUCACUUCACCUGGAACCUCAGUCGCAACGUUAGCAUUCUACACCGGCAGCAGGAGCAUUUGGAGGACCGCAGUCGACAUGGCUGUGCUUGGGAGGGUCACCUGUACAACCUGCUGGGUUACGUCAUCUACCACAUCAAAGACUCCGCAGAGGAGGCACUGGCACACCUGCGACAGGCUGAGGUGGCUCUCAAAGAGCGAGAACCGGAGGGGAGAGGACCCCGUCUGCUGGUCAACCAGGCUAACCUGGCCUGGGUGCACUACCAUUUGGAGGAGCUGCCGGAGUGCCAGGCUUAUCUGGAGGAAGUGGCCCGGCUCCAGGAGGAUUUCCCUGCACCUCCCGGGUGUGACCUGCAUCCAGAGGUAUAUGGGGAGAAAGGCUGGACUCAGGUGAAGUUUGAGUAUGAUUUGAAGAAGCAAGCUGUAGCUAACUUUGAGAUGGCUUUGAGAGGAGACCCAGAUAGGAAAGAGUGGCACGUAGGCCUCGCAAUUGCCAAGUAUAAACUUUAUGAAGGUAAUGACGAGUUGACAGAAGAAAUCAUUGAGCAAAUUAAAAUUGCAAAGACAAAAGAUCCAGAUAACCUACAUAUGUUAGCUAUCUACUGGAAUGCUUUGGCAAAAGUUGGCAGAAAGACAGAGGAGACUGUGAGAGAGGUUCAUGACCUAGCUCAGCAGCUGAAACCAGAUCUUGACGGCCUUGGAGACAUUCUUCACUUCUUACGUUUGCACGAUUCUCUGGAUUCAGCCUUACAAGUUGGUGAGGAGAUAGUGAGGAAACAUCCCUUUGAAAGAGAAGCCAAAAAACAGCUGGCUCUUUGUUAUAAAUGGAAGAUUUUUGAAAUGCAAAACAGUUCCGAUCUAAGUGAGUUGAUGAAAAGAGGCAUCGAUAUAUAUGAAGAGGUCACCAGGCUUUACCCACAUUAUCUUAGAGGGAAAAUCGAUCUGUCAGUAAUGUAUGCCAAAUCAGGGAAUGUGGGGAAAGCAGAUCAAAUCUACAUGGAUCUUCUCAAUAACACAGAAGAUAUGGAGCCUGGAGCUCAACAGUUGUUAUACAAUAGGUAUGGAUGCCAUCUUCAAUGGUUUAAAAGAUCCUCCUCUGAAUCCAUUGAUUACCACAAAAAGGCUGCAGAAAUCCUUAAACAAUCUCGGGAAAGAGAGAAGAGUGUUAAAAUUCUCAGGACAAUUGUUAAUCGUGGCACCCAUCGAAGAUGUAGUGAAAUCCGAGACUUUCUGUCAUACAUUGAACUGAACUGAUUGCUGUUGAUCUUUUCGUAUAGAUAGUUGUAAUGAUGUAAUAUUUAGAUACUUCCUGAAAUGAGUGAAUAAAGGAUGCAAACCUGA